UUUCUUCUUAGUGCUGGGGCAAAUUGUCACCGUAUUAAUGGGGACUUGUAGAGCACUUUUAGACUUAAUGGGUGCUAUAAAAAAAUAUAUCAGGACUGUCUGGUGCAACUUUAGUUCCACCGUGGACCUUGGAGGAAGAGGCAUUGUCUUGCUGAUUUAGUUAGAUUGUAUAAUUGUCGUAUUGUUUAAGCACAGCACAGAGGAUACAAGAAUGUCCACAAAAAUUUCUUCCUCAAAAGCUUUUUCCUGUCAGCUUGAAAAUAAUGUUCUCAUCUUGCUGAGUUUUACUUGGAAAUAAUAGCAUGGUUCAAAUGGACAAAGUCUCACCUGUAAUGUAUUAUAAUUAUUUGCAAUUGAUAGCCACUUGUGCAUCUGGCAUGACCUUAAUGGAGACAUAUUUGAGGAGGUUAGUUAGCAGUGGAUAGUGACAUAUCUCUCAAAACAGGUCUAGCAAUGACGCCACAGGCAACUGCUGUGUUUGUCAAAUCCAAACACAGCAUAAAGAAAAAUGUGAAAUGUUAUAACCAGGCUAUAAUACACAUUGAAUACAUUUAAAAUAAAUAUCAACAAAAUAGAUAGAUUUGAUUUGACCUUUUGACAAUAGGAUCCAUGGUAUUUUUGUUCAACUCAAAGACCUGUUAGCCCAUGUGAUUCUCUUUUAUAGCAGGGACAAAAUAUAAUGAAAGCUAAAACCAGUAAUCCUUGCUUGUGUAAAUUAAUGUUAGAACAAGCUUUACAAAAUGAUUUGAUUUAACAAGUUACUACAGAGUCAUUGAUUAGUGUUAAACGUUUUUCUUCAUCUUCAGGAUUCAUUGCAUAGUUAAUAUGAGGCAAUGGGCAACAGGAAUACCUUAUUAAACGCACCCUUGGCACAGUUGGAAGGUGCAUUGCAUGCACUGCCCAAUGUCGGUAACUUGGGAGCAAAAGUAGAAACCCAAUUGAUCAAUCCUUUGCACUUUUCUUUCUCAUGUUCUGUGGCUUCCUGUCCCACUGUCAGACUGUGCAUGGCCAUUAUUGAAUCAACGUGAAUUAAUUUACCCAUCCUUUGUCACAAUCUUCCAGACAUGAUGGUGGUGGUUCUCUAUUUAUGUUACACUUCUUAGAAAAUGUAAAUACAUUUUAAAUUGGCAGCACAUUAACAACAAGAUCCAACUAAGUUCAAUGUACCAAGUUGUAAAAUGAUGAUUCUUUUAAAGACACACGUCAUUAACAUAUACACCCUCCUCAUCUUUAGAAAUAUCCCCUGGAAUUUAAACCUUGAUUGUCAUGGCUGUCGAUUAUGCAGGGAGGAAUGUAGCUGGCCUAAAACAACCACUGGGAUUUUUUCAGGUGUAAUGACAGCGCUCCAUCUAGAAUGACACGGCAUAUGUAUUUAUCUAGUGUGUGUGUGCUGUUGGGUAAACUGUGGUUAUUCAACGCCCCCCUCCUUGAUUUCCUGCUUGGUUUGUUUGUAGUUUUAUGAGGACUCGGCUGGAGUGAUGAACUCAGAGCAGGAAAGGCCUUUUGUGUGCAGCGCUCUUGGAUGUUCCCAGCGAUUUCCCACCGAGGACCACCUGAUGAUUCACCGACACAAGCAUGAGAUGACGUUGAAGUUCCCCUCCAUAAAGAAUGACAGCCUGUUAUCAGGUGAACCACAGCCGCCUCAACACUCACACAGCGCUCCAUCAGACCAGACACCGACUCCGACACGCUUCCUGAAGAACUGUGAGGAGGUGGGCUUGUUCAGCGAGCUUGACUGCUCCAUCGAGCAGGAGUUCCGCAAGGCCCAGGAAGAGGAGGACCACAAACAGAACAUCUCCAUGCAGCACCAGCAGUCCCACUCGAGGAUGGGCAGCCAUGACAGCAGCGUGGUGAUCCAGCAGGCCCUCCCCUCUCCCCAGUCCAGCUCUGUAAUAACACAGGCUCCAUCAACCAACAGACACAUCAGCACCGUCCCGGGCUCUCUCUCCUCGCUACUGCACCUACGGAACAGGCAGAGGCAGCCGCUGCCAGCCUCCAUGCCUGGCAGCCUGCCAGACCCCAGCAUGCCCGGCUCCUCCGCCGUGCUCAUGCCUAUGGAGAGACAGAUGUCCAUGGGUCUGAUGGGAUGCUGGGCCCGUCCCACACCAGCUCCUGCUCCUACUACUCCGGUUGCUUCCAUGCACUCAGAGGCCAAACUGCAGCAGGGGCGUAGUUUGGGCCGGGGCUUCCGGGGCAGGGCCCCGGGGCCCUGGACGUCCGGGGGGCCCCGACUGCGUGGGCCCCGCCUAGCCCCCGUUGGGCCCCCAGGCGGCCACGGCCGCCCGACGGUCGCCGUGCUAGCGGCGGUGUGA